AUGUGGCCUUCAACUCCUUCGGCCGACUCCCUCACGCGGCCGCGGAUAGCUGUGGCCGUUGUUUCGGUGGUAGCAGCGGCCUCGGUAGGGUACUAUGCAUAUAGAGCCCACCAGAAUGAAUCUUCGCGAGAAACCCCGACCGGCGGUGGCCUGCAUCGAAGUAACGCCAUACGACGUCCCCGCCGCACAACCUCAAUUUUCCAGUAUGGGACCCCUCUCGAUGAAAACACCGAGGGCACAAACUUUAGGGUCCCUGGGGAUGCCGAAACCGUCGUCGACGUCGACGUCGAGACCAGCGACGACUGGUGGAAUGAGCCUCCCGCCACUACCGUUCCACUCUCUCCGCGAGCUGGACAUACCAUCGUCUCGCUUCUCUUUAGGGUGUCUGAGGAUAACGCUCGGCGUAACGGAUGUGUUCACAGGGGAUGCCAGUGUAAUUCAUGUGGCAUGGUACCUAUACGCGGAGUGCGCUAUCGAUGCGCCAACUGUGCCGACUUUGAUCUCUGCGAGACAUGCGAGUCCCAAGGCGUGCACAACAAGACGCAUAUAUUCUACAAGAUCAAGGUUCCUGCACCGCCGUUUGGACCCAGGCAGAUGCAGCCCGUCUGGUACACUGGUGAUCCCGACACUUGCCGCCGCAAUAUCCCAAAAGGGCUGAUUGCACGCCUAUCGAGGGAUACUGGGUUCGAACGACCCGAGCUGGAAGCCUUCUGGGAGCAGUGGACCUACAUGGCCAAUACGGAUUGGCGCGAUGACCCCGAGGAACUGUGUGUUGCCAUGGAUCGUAAGACGUUUGAGCGAUGUCUGGUGCCUACAGGCGGAUCACGACAUGCAGCGCCCAAUCUAAUCCAUGAUCGCAUGUUUUCCUUUUACGACUCCAACAAGGACGGUUUGAUUGGAUUUUCUGAGUUUCUCCACGGCUUGUCGUACAGAAAACGCAGAGAUAAGCUCAAAAGAGUGUUUGAGGGAUACGAUAUUGACGGGGACGGCUACGUAAACCGACGCGACUUUCUCAGAAUGUUCAGGGCCUACUAUGUGCUAUACAAGCAGAUGCAUAAGGACAUCCUGGACGGACUUGACGACCAGCUUCUUGCCAGCACCGAGGCCCAGCAACUAGUGUCUAGUCGACAGCCGCUUAGCAGCCUUUUCGGCAGGGAGGGUAGAAUCCCCUCGGCCGAUUCAGGCUUCAGGAUUGAGGGCAAAACCAAUCGAAGAGAUGGUAGCAUCGAAGUGGCGGAUGGUUUCAGUAGUGUUUUCACUGAAAAUAGGGGCGAUACCGCCCCCAGAGAAGACAUCUUGGCCAGCCUAUUUGCAUACGACACAGAUACACGACAAACCCGUCGAUUGGUCUCACGCAGCGACGCUGACACUAACUGGCGGACGGUGCGGCGUGUGAGUGGCGGUGACCUAGAUAGAGCAUAUUGGUCAUCACUGCUUGAUCCUCCAGCCACACUGGACGAUAUUCCCCAUGUUUUCAAUAACAAUGAGGACGAGGAUGUUGAUGCUAAUGUGGAUGAGGAUGAAGAUGAAGACGAGGAUGAUGGGGAUAUGCAAACUGGUGAAUCUGGCCGUACCUACAGCGAAUCGCGGGCUCGGGCUAUUGCGCGAAGUCGCAGGCUGGCGCCCAAGUUGGAGAAGCAGCGUCUUGACAUGGCACGGAAGCAUCUUCACGACCGGUGGAAGAGACGGCAGUUUUACUUGGACGAGGAAGAGGGUGGCAUUGCACCGGAUGAUUGGGAUGCCGAAGAGGAUAUUCUCGCGCGAGUCAACCUGAUAACAGAGGACUCCAAGGCCAGGGAUCCAGCACCCAUCACAACUAGAUCCCGCUCUAGCUCCAAGGUUCGAUUCGCCGAGGAUACGGACGACUAUGAGAUUCGAUCCAACCCGUCCACGUCGUCGAGGAGCGUACCUGAGCGGUGGGGCGGCAUGGAUAUUCCGGAUGCCGAAAGGGAUGCCGGCAAAGAAAUCCUCUAUCAAGUAACGCAACAGGCAUUUAAUGAGCUUCUUGACACCAUAUUUAAGAAGGCAGAAGACAUGGCGGUUGCGGCAGCAGAAUCUGCAAAAGACCGGGAAAAGUACAAGGCGCAGAUUGAUGCCAUUGACCUCCCCGAGUCCCAAUCCCAGGCACCGCCAAACCAGCCCAGGCCCGAGUCGCAGCCCACUAGCAAGGCUAUUUCUGAGAAGUCACUAGAUGAGCUCCUGGCCAAUACCGGAUACACAGUAGUCCCAGAUGAGCCCCGUAAUGCGGUAGACUUGGACGGUUCUGUGGAAAUCAUCCACGAAGAGCAGGUAGACGGUGCAGGAUCCAACACAGACGACGAGCGUGCAGAAUACCGAGACCCAACGUUGCCGCAGUUCCGCCCAAACAAUAUCGCAGAAGCGGACGAGCUGGCUGCCCGACAAGGGGCAUCUGAACUUGAACACGUCCCGCGAUCAUCGUCGCAUCAAGCAGCCCAAGAAGAGCCAGAUGCCGCCACCCUCCGAAGCUGGAAGCGUCUGACCAUUGCCGAGGCAGAAGCUGUUAAACGUGGAGGCUGGGGGCGUCUGAGCUUUGAAGAGUUUGAAGACAUUUACAAGGGUCAGGAGGAUUUGGGGUAUAGGCUGGAUUAUCUGGGCAGCUGGAUUGACUUUUGCAUUCCCUAG